CUAUCCAAGAGAGACACACAUUCACUGCUUUUGACUCACUUUUUUAAUCUUUUUGGAUUUUGGUGAAAAAGUUUAAUUUGUCUCUUUCUCUAUUUAUCUCCGGCGUCAAUUUCACGGCGGCUACACGACGGUUAUCGAUGUCAUUGACUGUACCGGAGUUCGAUUUCAGAGUAAUUCUUCUCUCUUUAUCUAUCAUUCUCUCUCACUGCUUCACGAAAUCUCUCUUAAGCUUCAUUUGUUGUGUUUGCUUCUUUUAUAGUUGACGCCACAGUUUGGUUUCUCACAGUCACCGAUCGGGUGAGUUUUCUCGUCAUUUCUAGGUUUUUUGUUCUCCGAUUGGAUUCGAUUUUUACUCUGUGUAUCCAUCAGGGAGCGUAAUUUCGCGGAUGUUGAUAAUCUGGAGAACUGUAUUAAGUAUUUGAAUCAGAGCUUAGUCACCUCUGGAUUCUCUGCUUCGCUUGACCUCUUCGCUACCGAUCCUGUUUCGAUUGCUAGAACUUGCAAUUGCGUAUACGCUUUGAUUCAACAGAGGCAACGAGAUGUGGAAUUUAGAGAAUCUGCUAAUGAUCAGAGACAACGACUUUUAUCCGAUAUGGCGAGACUCGAAGCAAAAGUUGAAAGGCUUGAGACUCAAUUGCAAGCUAAAGAAAGGGAACUUGGUUCGGUGACAAGAACGGAAGCAAAAAAUACAGCGGCUUUAAAGACGCAGAAUGAGAAGCUUCAAAAAGAGAGAGAUGAGUUUCAACGAAUGGUGAUUGCUAACCAGCAAGUCAAGACCCAACAAUUACAUGAAACAAAAAAGAAAGAAAAAGAGUACAUAAAGUUACAGGAGAGGUUAAACCAAGUGUUGAUGGAGAAAAAGAAGGAAACGAGAUCAGGCAUGGAGAUUAUGAAUCUACUCCAGAAAGAAGGGAGACAGCGUGGAACAUGGAGUGGGAAGAAAACUGACUCUGAUUUCUACAAAAAAAUUGUGGAUGCAUAUGAGGCGAAAAAUCAAGAACUGAUGGCAGAGAACACUGAUCUGAGAGCGUUACUACGAUCAACGCAGGGUGACAUGCGUUCUUUCUUGAAUGCUUCUGGUGGAUUAACCAACCAAUCUUUGGUAGCUAAUGGAAGACACGGUGCAGACCCUUCUCAGUCUCCUUUGGGCGGGAAGACGGACGUUUUUGACCUACCUUUUCGUAUGGCACGAGGUCAAAUAGAAGAUAGUUUACGCUCUAAGAUGGUUUCCAUCAAGGAACGUAUGGGUCAGUUAGUAGAUGCACAAAAAGAAGUAUCCAUUACUUCAGAAGCGUCAGAGAGGGAACUUGAACUUGAAGCACAACUCGUCGAGGCACGCAGCAUUAUUCAAGAACAGGAAUCUAUAAUGUCCAAACAUUUACCUAAGACAGAUCGGAGAAGGAACUCAGCUCCUCCACAUUCUUCUGUCAACGGACUGCGUGGCUGACUAAUUAGAUUGUGAAUCUCAGGUUCAAAAUAUCAAAUCUCUUCCUGUAAUUUGAUCUUGCUAAACAAAGAAAUGUUUUAUGAACUUAUAAAAAAAUUUAAAUGAAUGUGGAUUCGUAUUUGUAACGUUGUACAGAACACUUGCAGACAGCAAGCUGCAAGCUGUAGAGUAUUAUAGAUGGAGAGAUAUGUUUUAUAUCAUAAUAUAGAUGCCUUUCUUUAUAAAAGAAAUCGAAU